AUGAAUUCUUUGCUGCUUAAUCCUUGCUGGAAAUAUUAUAUAUGCAUCAGCAUACUAUUUGCAAUCCGUAAGAAUGACGAUUUUAAUCAAUUAUGUAAAUGAUGGCAAUUGAAAAGUUUAUGAAAAUUUGGGAAACAAAUGUUUAACUAUCAGCAUGUAGCUGGAAAAUUGGUACCUAUUGGCUGUUUUGGGAUUCUUAUGUGCAUAAUAGGAAAUGCGAUUGCUUGACCAUUAUGGGGAUCAAUCGGAAGUAUUUUAUUACUCACAAUCUUUUUUAAGCAUUGGAGAUAA